GGACAGUUUUAUCACGAAUAUUGUGAGAUCUUCUGAGAGAAUGGUGAUCAUGGACGCGGUUGAAAUGUGUGAGAAGCCAAUUAACAUUAGAGUCUCAAGAGAGAUGAAGCAUCACAGUGCCCAGAAUAACUCGAGAUCAUUACAGACUCAUUUAAAUAAUGAAUCACUUCUGAGUCAAACGAACGGAUCGGUUAUAAAUCAGACUCACAAACAGCCUUCAGACAGAAACAGGAGCGCACGUGCAUUAAAACCAUCUUCAGGUUCACAUGAGCUCAGUGACGCUGGUGAACAGCUCUUACUGUUUGUGUUGAACACACUGAGAUCUGGAGAAGAAUUAACACACACACACAGUGCUUCAGCAUCCACAGCUCAUGUUAUUUCAGAAUGAUGAUGAUGAUGAUGAUGAUCUUCAGGUUCAGGAAUAGGUGAAGCUGAAGGAGCAACUGGAGAAACACACCGAACCAGAGCAGGAGUGAAUGUCAUCAGUGAUGUGAAUCCUGAGAGACUGCGUCUCAUGUCUCUGGUGUGUCUGAUAACAUCUGCGCUCUUCAUUCUUGAUGAGAGUGUUUUUGUGUAAGUCCUGAUGGUGCAGGUGUGGCUGGUCAUGUGCUAUAAAGAACACACUGAUAUGUGGGCGUGGCCUCAUGGGGCUGCUGGGCGGGGCUAAUGAACACAUAAAGGUGUCAUCUGACCCCAAAGCUUCAGGUUAACAUCAUAGAAGCAGCACUGACAAUAACAAACAAAUAACUGAAGACUUCAGAGUUUAUGAAAUGCUUUUAUUAGACAUUCUUCAGGUUUCAGACGCAGCCCUGGUAACAGGUGGUGGGAGUGGCUUGCAGUGGGCGUGGCUCUGUGCGUCAGGUGGGCGUGGUCAUAGCUGCUUUUAUCUGCAGUGAGAUCUGACUGAUGGAUGCAUAUAACACACAGAUCUGCAGGCGCCGCUCAGUGGAGACCGUCUGUAUCCGGCCCAGGCAUGAUGGGAAGUAAAAAAGCAAACAGGAGGUUUUCUCUGGAAAGCUCAGGGUAUCAGCUGGAGAUCAGUGGAAGCGCAGCAGAGCCCAAGAACAGCACGCUGAGAAGAUCUUCAGACAGCAGAAGCUUCCAGAAUCCAGUCCAGACACAUCUGGAGUUCCCUGAGCACAGCGGCAGCGCCUCACGCAGAUCCAUGACUAUAGAGGAGGAGGGAUCCAGUGUUCGUAAUAGCUUGAAGAGCCACUACAAAACCUUCCACAAACUCUUCCCUGAGGUCCCUGAGACCGAGGAUCUGGAACACGUGCACAGCUGCGGCCUGCAGAAGGAGGUGAUUUACCACGGUAAGAUGUACCUGUCCGGUCAGCACAUCUGCUUCCACUCGUCUGUGCUGCUGAAGGACACCCGGCUGAUGAUCCACGCGUCCAGCGUUCAGAGCGUAAAGAAGAAACACACCGCUAAGAUCCUUCCCAACGCCAUCGCCAUCAUCACCACAGACGGACACAAGUAUGUGUUCGUGUCGUUACUGAAUCGAGAAGCGUGUUUCAGACUUAUUCCACCCAAAAAUUAA